CCGAGGUCAGGCGGCGGGAGGAGAGAGGAUGCCACCGGCGGCGGCUCCCGGCGGCCCGACGCCCGCUCCGCCCGGCUGAGCAGAGCCUCGGAGGUUUCCAGAGGGUCGUCCCCCGGCGGCUCAGAGACCCAACGCCUCCCGCCGGCGGCUAACGGUGCACCCGGGGCCGCCCCGCUGCUCCGCCCCGCGCCCCCGUGCGCCGCGGCCUCAGAGAUGGCAAAUACUGAGGUUGUUACAAAUAGCGGUAACUCUCAGCCGGAGGAAAAUGGCUGCACGUUUAACCAGAACACAUCUCCCUCUGAGGAGCUUCUAUUGGAAGACCAGAUGAGGCGAAAACUCAAAUUUUUUUUCAUGAAUCCUUGUGAGAAAUUCUGGGCUCGAGGCAGAAAACCAUGGAAACUUGUCAUACAAAUUAUAAAACUUGCAAUGGUGACUAUCCAGCUGGUCUAUUUUGGGCUAAGUAACCAGAUGGUGGUAGCUUUCAAGGAAGAUAACACGAUAGCAUUCAAACACCUCUUCCUAAAAGAAUAUGUGAACCAACCAGAUGACACGUAUGCAGUUUACACACAGAGUGAUGUAUACAGUCAGAUCAUCUUCGCAGUGAACCAGUACUUGCAGCUACGCAACAUCUCGAUCGGGAACCAUGCUUACGAGGAAAAGGGCGCGGAGCAGUCUGGUAUGGCGAUCUGUCAGAACUUCUACAAGCAAGGAAACAUCUGUCCUGGAAACGAUACCUUUGACAUUGAUCCCCAAAUUGAAACUGAAUGUUUCUCCGUAGAGCCAGAUGACACUUUUUACAUUGGAACACCGGAGGAAAAUAAACUCAACCUAACACUGGACUUUCACAGACUCCUAACAGUGGAGCUGACCUUUAAACUGAAGGCCAUCAAUCUGCAGACUAUUCGUCAUCACGAGCUCCCUGACUGUUACGACUUCACUCUGACUAUAACAUUUGACAAUAAAGCCCAUAGUGGAAGAAUUAAGAUAAGUUUAGAUAAUGACAUUUCCAUCAGAGAAUGUAAAGACUGGCAUGUUUCUGGAUCAGUUCAGAGAAACACUCAUUACAUGAUGAUCUUUGAUGGCUUUGUUAUCCUGAUGUGCCUGACUUCGUUAAUCCUGUGCCUUCGAUCUGUGAUUAAGGGAAUUCAGCUUCAACAGGAAUUUGUCAAUUUUUUCCUCCUCCAUUAUAAGAAGGAGGUUUCUGUUUCUGAGCGAAUGGAAUUUGUCAAUGGAUGGUACAUUAUGAUUAUUAGUAGUGACUUAUUGACAAUCAUUGGAUCAAUUCUGAAAAUGGAAAUCCAAGCCAAGAGUCUAUCAAGUUAUGAUGUCUGCAGCAUACUCCUCGGGACCUCCACCUUGCUUGUGUGGCUGGGCGUCAUCCGGUACCUCAGUUUCUUCCACAAGUACAAUCUCCUUAUCCUGACCCUUCAGGCAGCGCUGCCCAGUGUCAUGAGGUUCUGCUGCUGUGCAGCUGUGAUCUAUUUUGGCUAUUGCUUCUGUGGAUGGAUUGUGCUGGGACCUUACCACGAAAAGUUUCGUUCUCUGAACUUGGUCUCCGAGUGCCUUUUUUCUCUGAUAAAUGGAGAUGAUAUGUUUGCGACGUUUGCAGGAAUGCAUCAAAAAAGUUACUUGGUCUGGCUAUUUAGCAGAAUUUACCUCUACACGUUCAUCAGCCUCUUUGUCUAUAUGAUUCUAAGUCUUUUCAUCGCACUGAUCACUGAUACAUAUGAAACAAUCAAGCAUUACCAGCAGGAUGGCUUCCCAGAGACCAGCCUUCGGACAUUUAUAUCAGAGUGCAAAGAUCUACCCAACUCGGGGAAGUACAGAUUAGACGACGAACCUCCAGGAUCUAUAUUCUGCUGUUGUACCAAGUAGCUCUCAGGCUUAUCUGUGCUCUAGAGGAAAAUAUGAUGUGUAGCCGAGUUGGGAAACUGUAUGGAUAUUUUAAGAUCUGGUAGAGUAUGUUUGAAGACUAUUAUUUUGAGCAAAUUGACAGCUAUAAUUCAUUAAGAACUCAUUAGGUUUAUAAUUUUUAAAGCAAUAAUUGUCGUCUUUUUAGCUAUAUGUUAAGUUUAUUUAAAAAACAACAACACUACCUUUGAUUAGUAAAGCUUUGGCUUCUUAUUCGUUCUUUAUUUUGCCAUCGCUUUAGAAGGUGUUUUCUAUGCAACUCUUUGUUGUUAAUCUUCAUCUGAGGGUAUUUUUUCCAUUGAUUUUUAGACAGAGUGAAAAGGAGGGGGGAGAGAGAGAGAGAGAAACAUACCAUCUCCCUGACAGGGACUGGGGA